CGGAAGAAAGCGUGUUAUUUGCAAAAAACAAUUGAACUAUUUUCAGUUAUUGGUGAUUUUUCCCAGAGUGAAGCCAUGAUAAAGUUUUCUUGGACGUUGGCCAUAGCAGCAGCAUUCGUUGCGUACAUGGCUCAUUCCAUGUGGGUUAUUUAUACAAUAUUUUCACCUACGCCGUGUGUGUCCACUCAACACAACUUUUGCAUCCAGCCGUACUUGUUGAAGAACCAAUCUUUGGAACUUCAGGUGUUUACGUCACAUAAACAAGAACAUAAUUUAGCUGCUAGAGAUCGUACUCUUAUUUGGAGAUAUGACAACUUCUCUGUGAAAGCAACUGUUGAAAAGACGUUCAAUGUUUCUAUCCCAUUAAAAACGAGACGAAAUGGGACAUUGUUUUUACAUGUUUUCGUCCAUCCAAAGGGUAGCGACCUUCUCGGCCAGUACACAUCACAUGCUGUGACGAAGAUUACCACAUAUGCAUAUCCAAAGGCAGAAUUCAUCAAUCUUCUAGGGGAGACAAAACCCACUGAUAAGCAAGCUAGACCAGCUACAGACAAAAUGAUUUCGCACUGGCGCUACAAAGUUUCCAUUAAUGUCAUGGAUGAGUUGAUAGCGUUUGAGAGGACAGCCAUCCCAGGGGAGGUGUUUCGUUAUUUAAGAGUCUCGCCUGAUGGGAAUUAUCUCCCUAUGGUAUUUAUUGAUGAAAUGGCUUUCCGCAUGCGUGAUUUAUUGCCAAUCAACACAAGCGCGGAACAGUUGCCGUUGACAAUCACCUAUUCUCCGAUCUCAGUUGGAAAAUUACGAAUGUGGACGAACUUUCUGGAAUCGUUCAAGAUGUUACAAAAUCUUGGUUUUACUGAGAAGGACACAGAUGAAAUUAAAGGAAUAUUUGCAGACACCAACUUUUACUUUCUUCUUCUGACAUUUGCCGUGGCUGCAUUUCACCUUCUGUUUGACUUUCUGGCCUUUAAGAAUGAAAUCACCUACUGGAAAAGACGCAAGACGAUGGUUGGUCUGUCCACAAGAGCAGUUAUCUGGCGGUGCAUCUCAACGAUCAUCAUAUUCUUCUAUCUGAUGGAUGAAAAGACCAGUCUUCUCAUCCUCAUACCUGCGGGAAUCGCAGGCGUCAUAGAGAUAUGGAAAGUAAAGAAGGCACUGAAAGUAUCUGUUUCCUGGAGUAACGGUGUUAUACCUAAAUUUAAAUUUGAACCACAUUCCAGUGAAGAAAAAGAAACAGAAGCCUACGAUUCUCAGGCAAUGAAGUAUUUGUCGUAUUUAUUAUAUCCGCUGUGUUUAGCUGGGGCAGUGUACUCGCUAUUGUAUGUACAACAUAAAAGCUGGUAUUCAUGGUUUUUACAAAGUUUAGUAAAUGGUAUUUAUGCUUUAGGAUUCCUCUUUAUGUUACCUCAGCUGUUUGUCAACUACAAGUUGAAAUCUGUUGCUCAUUUACCAUGGAGAGCAUUCAUGUAUAAGGCAUUCAACACUUUCAUUGACGAUGUGUUCGCUUUCAUUAUCACCAUGCCGACAGCUCAUCGACUGGCCUGCUUUCGUGAUGAUGUAGUUUUUAUCAUCUACUUGUAUCAAAGAUGGCUGUAUCCAGUGGACAAGAAACGAGUUAAUGAGUUUGGAGAAUCAUUUGAAGAAGAAACAAAGAAGACCAAAUAAUUCAGGAAAUCCACGUGUUUGGAUGUGCAUUUUACCUAGCUGUGAUGUCAGGGGAUUCGGGUGUAAUUUCACUGUCAUAACGAUGUCAUUUUAUGCUUUUUAUUUUGAUUGUAGCUUUCUUAAUAUGAAAUACUUCUCAGAAAGUAGAUUGUAUUUGAUCUGAAAUGUUUAAAAAUUAACUUAAUUUUUUUAAGUGGCAUUUCAGGCUUGUUAAAAUGGUUUCAUGUUUUUUUGUUUUUUUUUAAACAUGGAAAUCACUUGUUUUCUAGUGUUACCAAAUAUGGUGAAAUGAGUGAACAAAUUUUAUAAUUAGUUCCAAGUGGGAGGGUAUCAAUAUAUGUCUCAGACAUUUGCUGUAUUCAGGCUCGUAGGAACAACUUUGGGAGUUGGGGGGGGGGGCACUGACAGAUCGGGUACAAACUCGGUAUCAGAUUUUGGUCACAAUGGCAAACAUUAAUGUGAUAAAAAGAAAAAAAUGCUCACAAGCCAACCCCCCCCCCCCCCCCCCCCCCCCCCCCUGGUUCCUACGGGCCUGGUAUUGAAUGUGAAUUGUUUCUAAAUUAAAGAAUGUCGUGCACUUAUUUACCAGCUGCUUGUAAAAGGGCGAAACCAGUCGAUUAUACUGUUGUUUUCAUUAUCACUCUUUGUACAGCACAGUUUUAAAGUCCCGCAAACCUUUUGUUUUUUGUUUUUUUAAAACAGUGUUUAUAAACUUUUUUGAUUAGCCAACAUGUGAAGCUUACGUUAGGAUAUCUUGUUAUGUUGCUAUAUUUUCUUUGUUUUACAUAAUACAGCAGACAAUAAAGAGAAUACUAAAACAU